UCUCCUCCCCCCCCCCCCCCAACCCCCGAUUUUUUCCCUUCCUUUCUUUCUUUCUAUUUUCCCUCUUCCUUCCUCCCUCUCCGGGUCUGUAACUCUCAUUCCCGCCCGUAGUAGAUCAGAUCGUCUUAUCUAUCUACCCGUUGGCGUUCAAUUGGCGCCACCAUGGUCCUCAUCGACAAGCAUCCGUACGAAUCCCGCGAGGAGCAACGACUCAAGGAGGAUCGCGAGCGGACUCGCUACUGGAAACGCUGGGGUCCCUACGUGGCCGAGAGACAAUGGGCUACUGUUCGCGAAGAUUACUCUGACAAUGGAGAUGCAUGGAGCUACUUUUCCCACGACCAUGCGCGGUCGAGGACCUAUCGCUGGGGUGAGGAUGGUAUCGCCGGUGUGUCCGAUACCCACAACCUGCAAAACAUCGCUUUUGCGUUCUGGAACGGGAAAGACGAGUUUCUGAAAGAGCGCCUGUUCGGAUUGUCGAACCCUCAGGGAAACCAUGGAGAGAGUGUCAAGGAGGCUCAUUUCCACCUCGACAACACUCCCACACACUCUUACAUGAAGUUCCUUUACAAGUACCCCCAGAAGGAGUUCCCUUAUCAGGAGCUCGUGGAGGAGAACGCCCGGCGCGGGAAAGAGGAUCGCGAGUACCAGAUCCUUGAUACUGAUGCCUUCGAUGACAACCGUUACUGGGAUAUCUUCAUUGAGACUGCGAAAGAGGACGACGACGAGGAAGAACUCCUGUUCCGGAUCAUCGCGUACAACCGAGGACCUGAACCGGCGCACUUGCACAUUAUCCCGCACGUGUGGUUCCGCAACACUUGGGCAUGGGGAUAUGAGGAGAAGACGGAGAAGCCGUCGGUGGAGAGAGCUUAUCCUUUGAUUGCUAAAACCAAGCACCACAAACUUGGCGAGCGCUAUGUUCGGUUCUCCCCUUCCCCAUCUGUGACCGGCGAGGAGGAUGUGAUUCCCCGACUGCUGUUCACUGAGAACGAAACAAACAAUGAAUUCCUCUGGAAGACCAAGAAUGAGCAGCCUUAUGUCAAGGACGCCUUCCACCGUCUCAUUGUUAAUGGGGAGAAGGGUGCAGUCAACCCUGAAAACAAGGGAACCAAGUUUGCCGCCUGGUAUGCCUUCGACGAGGGCGAGGGUGUCCCUCCCGGCGAAUGCGUUGUCGUUCGUUUCCGAUUCUCUCGGCGCCUGGAACCGUUUGUUGAUGAGGAAGUUCUGGAUGAUGUGAUCGACCAGCGCAGAAACGAAGCGGAUGACUUCUACUACCAUAUCAGUCCCCUGCCCAUGAGCGAUGAUCUGCGGAACAUUCAAAGACAAGCAUUCUCCGGAAUGAUGUGGAACAAGCAGUUCUACCAUUUUGUACAUGAUCAAUGGUCGAACGGUGACCCGGCCAUGAUUCCACCUCCUCCGGGUAGGCAGCACAUUCGGAAUCAACAGUGGAAACACUUGUACAUGGAAGAUAUCCUUUCGAUGCCCGAUUCCUGGGAAUACCCCUUCUUUGCUGCCUGGGAUACCGCCUUCCACUGCAUUCCGCUUGCCAUGAUUGACCCGGAGUUUGCGAAAAAGCAACUCGAUCUUCUCACUCGCGAGUGGUACAUGCAUCCCAACGGCCAGCUUGCAGCCUACGAGUGGAACUUUGGGGAUGUGAACCCUCCUGUCCAUGCGUGGGCUACUUUCCGAGUCUUUAAGAUCGAACGGAAGAUGUAUGGACGGCAAGACCUUGACUUCUUGGAACGUGUGUUCCAGAAGCUGUUGCUCAACUUCACGUGGUGGGUCAACCGGAAGGACUCCGAUGGCAAGAACGUCUUUGAGGGUGGUUUUCUGGGACUGGACAACAUUGGGCUCUUCAACCGUUCUGAGCCUCUCCCCACCGGUGGCGUGCUGGAGCAGGCUGAUAGCACAGGGUGGAUGGCCUUCUACUGCUUGUGCAUGUUGAACAUCGCUCUGGAGCUGGCAAAGCAUCGAAGAAUUUACGAAGACAUUGCUUCCAAAUUUUUCGAGCACUUCAUUCUGAUUAGUGAUGCCAUGACCUUCCGGUCCGGAGGUCAGGAAUCGUCCCUCUGGAAUGAGGAAGAUGGCUUCUAUUACGACGCGAUCUCCUACGGUGACCCCUGGACCCAGCAGCUUCCUGUGCGGUCUCUGGUUGGCUUGAUUCCCCUGUACGCUGUGCUCACGCUUGAGCCAGAGCUGAUCAACAAGUUCCCGUCCUUCAAGAAGCGCCUGGAAUGGUUCGUUGAGAACCGUCAAGACGUGGCUGAACGCAACAUUGCAAGCAUGAAGCACCGUGGUAAGGACGAGCGACUUCUCCUCGCACUCGUGAGCAAGGACCGUUUGGAGAAGAUCCUCAAGCGGAUGCUAGACGAGACCGAGUUCUUGUCGGAGCACGGCAUUCGGUCGAUGUCCAAGUAUCACGGAGAGCACCCCUACUCGAUGGAUGUCAAUGGUCAGACGUUCCGAGUCAGCUAUGUACCAGGAGACUCAGACAGUGGGCUCUUUGGCGGUAACAGCAAUUGGCGUGGGCCGGUCUGGCUGUGCGUCAACUUCCUGCUCGUCGAGUCUUUGUUGCGCUUCUAUAUGUUCUAUGGCGAUUCCUUCAAGAUCGAGUGUCCAACAGGCUCGGGCGAGUACAUGCAUCUCGGACACAUUGCAGAGGAGAUCCAGCACCGGCUGCAACAUCUUUUCGCGCGGAACGAUGAAGGCCGCCGGGCGGUCCACAAUGGAUCCGACCUCCUCGACUUUGACGAGCACUGGAAGGAUUACAUGUGGUUCCAUGAAUUCUUCGACGGAGACACCGGCCGCGGUCUCGGAGCGUCGCACCAGUGUGGAUGGACUGGACUUAUCGCCAAGAUCAUUCACGAUACCGGUAUCAACUGCCGUCUCCCCCAGACUCCCCGCACUCCCCAUGCAGCAGCGUCGCACUACUUCGACGAUGUCUUCACCCGCUUCUCCCGUCCGAGGGGCAGCCGUCGUCCUAGCGUGCGCCGCUCUUCCACUACCCGGUCCAUCGGCAACCGCAGUGACUUCGAGUCCACUUUCUCUGGGCGUGAGACCCCAGCUCCGGAGACGACUCUCGACGAGGAUGAGGACGAUCGGAGAGUCGACACGGACCUCAAGGAUGAGCAUGUCCACAAGUACGUGGAAAGCCAGCUGCAGCGCGUGCGUAGCCAGGCCUCGAUCGGGGCGUAUGAGGAUGAGCUCGAGACGCAGGCCGACCCGGCUCCUAACGGACACUGAUUUCUUGCGUGGCAUGAUACAGGGAGGAGGAUAGGUGAUGCAGACGUUGCACGAUUUAGUUAGAAGUUAGAACAGAUGCAUGUUGAUAUGUUAUUCGGAGAUAUGUUAGAUUCUUCUAUGUUGAUUUAAGCGGUGGUGAUUCGAAUGCAUUAAUUGAGAUGAG